GACGCUCCGUCAAAUGUUUGAAUCAUAUAGCAAUUUAGACAAGGAACUUGCAUGGCAUUUGUUUCGCCAAAUUGUAGAAGGCUUGGCACAUAUCCAUGGACAAGGCAUUAUUCAUCGUGACUUGACACCUAAUAAUAUAUUUUUUGACGCUCGCAACGACAUUAAAAUCGGGGAUUUUGGUCUAGCCAAAUUCUUGAAACUAGAGCAGCUGGACCAGGAUGUAGAUGCUGCCGAGAUGAUAGGAGUUUCUGUUGAUGGCACUGGCCAAGUUGGUACAUAUUUCUAUACUGCACCUGAAAUAGAACAAAGGUGGCCCAAGAUCAAUGAGAAGGCUGAUAUGUACAGCUUAGGAGUUGUUUUCUUCGAGUUGUGGCAUCCUUUUGACACUGCAAUGGAGCGACAUAUUGUUCUUUCUGAUUUAAAACAAAAAGGAGAGGUUCCUCCUGCUUGGGCUGCCGAAUUUCCAGAGCAGGCAUCCUUGUUAAGGCGCUUAAUGACCCCAAGUCCGUCUGACCGUCCAUCAGCCGUCGAACUUCUUCAAAAUGACUUUCCUCCUCGAAUGGAGUAUGAGAUGUUGGAUAAUAUUCUUAGGACAGUUCACAUUUCAGAUGACACUGGUGUUUAUGAUAAAAUUGUAAAUGCCAUUUUCAAUGAAGACACGUUAAACACAAAAGGCCAUAACACGAAUCUUGAAAGUUCGAAGGUGAUUGGAAGGGAUACCUCAUGUAUUCUGUUCACUGAUCUACAGACUGAGAGACGCGAUAAUGUCGUCGAGAUUUCCACAGAAGUAUUCAGGCGACAUUGUGCAAAGCAUUUGGGGAUCAUACCCAUGCGAAUGCUUGGUGAAUGUCCACAGGCGAAUAGUCGAGAAAGAAGUGCUGUUAAGCUUUUGACUCAUGGAGGAGACGUGGUUGAGCUUUGCCAUGAACUUCGACUUCCUUUUGUGAAAUGGAUAAUUGCCAAUCGGAGAUCAUUCUUUAAACGCUAUGAAAUAUCAUACGUAUACCGGCGAGCGAUUGGCCAUUCACCCCCAAACCGAUAUCUGCAGGGGGACUUCGAUAUUAUUGGAGGGGAAACAGCUCUAACUGAGUCAGAGAUAAUUAAGGCCACGAUGGACAUUAUUCUUCAUUACUUCCAUUCUGAAUCAUGUGAUAUUCAUUUGAAUCAUGCGGAUCUUUUGGACGCAAUUUGGGCUUGGGCAGGAAUCAGACCAGAACACAGACAAAAAGUUGCAGAGCUUCUUUCCCUUUUGGGUUCCUUGCGUCCUCAAUCUUCUGAAAGAAAGACGAAAUGGGUGGUCAUCAGGCGACAACUUCGACAGGAACUCAAUCUUGCAGAAACUGCUGUGAAUAGAUUACAAACAGUGGGGUUGAGGUUCUGUGGAGUUGCAGACCACGCUCUUCCUCGAUUAAGGGGAGCUCUUCCUCCUGAUAAAACCACCCGCAAGGCACUUGAAGAUUUGUCAGAACUUUUUAACUACCUACGAGUUUGGAGACUUGAUCAACGUGUCUAUAUAGAUGCCCUUAUGCCACCAACUGAGAGUUACCACAGGAAGUUGUUUUUCCAG